UAUAUGAAUGGUUAAAAAUUUUUGUUGUAAAACUAUUUUUAGGUAGCAAUUAAAUAUUUAUGUUUAAUAGCAAAAUAACAAACAAAAUAAUUAUAAUAAAUAGCCAUAUUAUUCUGUCAUAAGCGCGCAAAUUAAAAGUACAAUAAACGGGUUGUAUAAAAAAUUAUAAAUAAUAGUAGACAUACCUUAUUUAAUAUUGUUUAAUAAUAAUUAAUAAUAUUAAUUUAGUGUUUUAAUGACCCGCCAAUUUUACAGAUACAUAUAUAUUUAUAUAUGAUAAAUGAUGUAGUAUGUAUUAAAAUAAAAAUUUUUCCGUUGUUUUUAUUAUGCUAGUAGUAUAUAAAAGCGAAAUAUUUUUUAUCAAAAGUUGAUACAUACUCUGACGAUAAACUUGAACUCUCUUAACAAAAAAAAUAGUAUUUUAAAUUAUUAUUUAUUGAAACGAAAUUUUAUUAUUUCAUAAUGCAAAAUUAUGAAUAAUAAUCAUCAAGUAUGUAGGAAAAUAAUAUAAAGUAAAUAUGAUAAUUAUUUAUUUAAAGAAAUAAAUAAUAAAUAAAAUAAAUGAUAACGCUUGCGCUCCUAGACAGGUGAAUAUUUUGUGACGUAAAAUCUCGUAAGAGCGCAUGAACAAGGACACGCAAGUCUAUAACAGGUCCAUAAGUAGUCCUGUGUAACGCGGCGCGCGGAUACGACGGCACCAUCGAGAUCAGUCGAGGAAAAUACUUUAGAGACAAAAUCUAAUUAUAUACAUAUAUAAUAUAACAUGGGUGAGAUUUAACAUACCUAAUAACUAAUAGUCAAUAAACCAAGAGGUGUUCUGAGUAUAUAAAAAUCAAGAUAUAAUAAUAAUAAUAAUAUUAAUAAUAAUCAGAGAAAAAUAAAUCAUUAGUUAUUCUGUGGUGCUGUCACAGAGUAAAGUCACACAGAUAAUUAUUUGGAGAAUAAUUGUACAUACGCACAGACAGCAUUCAAGAUAUUAGUCAGAGAAGUUACAUUACAACUCAUAAUCUCGUUCUAUUCAUAACUUCGACUCCCGUAGCUUUAUUUAUUGAAUAAAAAAAGAAUCUUGAAUCAAAUAACAAUUAUUGUUAUUCACAAAUACAUUCGGCACUUGAGUAAUUAUCAAAACAAACCCCUUUUCUUUAUCAACUCUCUUAAUCUGUUACACUCGAUUUAUAUAUACUUUAUACAAUUAUUUAUUGUGAGCAUCACGAAUAUAUAUAUAUAUAUCCUUGUAAGUCUGUUCAUUCAUAUACUCGAUCGUAAGAUAAAGCAUAGCAUUAAUAUAUCUUAUAUAUAUCUUUUAACAAAUGUUUCUUGAUUAAACUAUUGUCGGAUCUAUCUUAUUGUUAUUAUUAUUAUAUUCUAUUAUUACUCAAUCGAACGAUUAAUUAAUAUACAAACUAAAGUGAUUGUCAAUCCAUCAAUAAUCAUUCUAUUAUCCCUUAUAAAAUGAAUAGUAUAAAAUAAUGUGGUGGUGGUGGUGCCGCCGCCGCUGAUAAUAAUAUAGAUAUAUGUAUACAUACCAACGAGGUGAUGCGCAACAGGGAUAAAAGUAAAUGGAUGAUAACAUAAAAUAAAUAGAGAAGAAUAGGAUAAGGAUAUAGAAAAGGAAGGAAAGGAAAAAAAAGCAGAAUGGGAAAAGGCGAUAAACGAGGUGUCGGCCAGCGUAACGAAGCUGUUAGCACGAGUAGUAAUUUAGUAGGAAAAUUUACACAAAGUGUACGAAGAAUAGUUCAAGACGUCAAGGACGAGGGAUCAUCGAGUGGUUUACCAAAGGAGGAUUUAAUUGAAACGAAUGAACGAUUGAGAACAGUGAGGGUAAGAUUAGAGACUAGUUAUGAAACGGCUAAGCGUGCUUUAACUGAUUUGAUGGCUAAAUAUACUGACAGCAAACAAGUACGCAAUAUUUUCCAACGUUAUAAUAUUCUUAAAGUUAUUAUAAAGGAUGUCAUUAAAUUGGAAACUCAAUAUUGGAUUCUUGUUGAUAUACCACGACAAGAGAAACAAGAAACAGUACCAGCAUUUGUGCUGAGAGCAUGUGCUAUAAUGGAAAAAACGCAUAAAACUUGUGAAGGUAUUAAAAGUUUUGCUAAAUUUGCCGGAGAAGAUGCUGCCGAAAAUAAAAAGGAACGUAUCGAUCGCCUCGAAGAUAUGACAACAUCGCAGAUAGAAACUGAAAAUACUCAAAUGAUUAAUGAUCUUUAUCGAUUACUUAAAAAAUAUACUGGUUUAAGGAACCUUAUUCGAGAUUUAAAGGUGGAAUACAACAGUUCAAAAGUUUAUCCUAUGUUUCCUCGUUACACGAUACUAAAAGACAUGAUCAAAGAUAUAAUGCAUAAUCCAUGCUACAUGGAAGUUUGCCAUGAAAAUUAAUAAAAAACAACAAAAAUCAUAA